UAUAACUCAGUACUAUCCUGCGCUGCACAAUUAAAUAACAAAGGGAAGGGACAAUCGCAAAUCAAUUUCCGUUAAAAAGUGUUCUAAAGCUUCACGUGACUAAGAUGGAUCGACUAUGUCGAAGUGUGUUUACGGGAGUGUGCUGUCUAAAAUAGAUUCUUUUAUUAGACGUCGACCCGCCCUGAUACAAUAGAAGUGUUUGUUAUUGGAUUAUCGCGAAAGGUCGACAAGUGAAGAUACCAGUGAGGUGAUGAGUGAGGAGGGAAAUGAAAAGAAAAGUAGAUUAACCCUCCAAAUUCCCACAAUCACCCAAGAUUCCCAGUGCCAAACCUUAGGACACCUAGUAUCUAGAUCUAAAUCCAGUGAAAGAGCAAACGUAGACGAAAUGGAAACCCAGAAUAUGUCCAUCAAGAAGAGGAGGAACCUUUCCAAGAAUAGAGGCCAAACAGCAAGGCAAAGAGAGAAAACUCCUGAACCCGGGCGGACUCCUAUUCCUCACGAAGACACACCUACCUCAGAUGAUGAAGACUACCUACCAAGAAACUCUAGAGAGAUUGAAGCAGAUAAUACUUAUGAGGAAAUGAAGCGCUUAGUUCAUGAACAGUCUGGAGUAAAAGAUCCUGUAUAUGAUUUGGAUACAGAAGCAGUCAUAGAAGCAAGGGCAAUGGCUGCUAACGAAAGGAGGCGAAGGAGUGUGUCUCCAUUUGCUGUUCUCGAAAAAGAAAGAGAAGUAGAGCCCAUAGGAUUACAACGCAAAGGGAGUUUCGUUGAUCCUACCAAUAAGUUGCUAAGCACGACAUAUACAUUGAGUCCAAAAGACGAAGACACUGGUCGACGAGGCUCCUUAACCUUUGAGCCCCCACUAGAAAGAAAGCGAUCCCUGACACCUUCAACACCAACGACCGCAUCGCCUAAAGACACUAAUUUCCCAUACCCGUUCCCUUCUACGCCGAAAAAAUUAGACAAAAUGGUGUACCCGGACGAACAAGCUGCGAAGACUGAAGAUAAACAAAAAUUACCAAAAACCCCAGUUAAAAAAGACGUAUUCACAUUUGAUCAAAAAGAUGAAACACAGGAGAAAAAACCAGUUACGAAACCAAAAACUCCGGAAGCACCGGCAACUCCCGGAGAACUUGUGACUAAAGUUUAUCAAAUAGAACGUACGCCAAGUAGAAAGGUGCUUCCUGAAAAUAAGCCUGCAGUUGAAAUAAGGGAAAGAGUUGUUAGAACUCCAAGUAAAAAGUUGACAAGUGAAGGUAGGCCAAACAUUGCGAAACAAGUUCCUAAACCAAAAGAUGAGCCAUCGCAAACACAAUCUAAAGUACCGCCAGUAAAACCAGCACGGAGCAAAUCCGCAACACGAUUUGGGGGUAAAACUAGUGAGAGUGAGAUGAGUGAGGAUCAAAUUAAUCAGCAAAAUUUACCGGCACAAGCAGCGCGGCGUAAAGUAAUGCCUACACCUCGGAGGUUUGUAAAAAAUAGAUCACCCAGAGCAAAUCGAUCACAGUCCGUUAACAGAGUCGAAGAUGUUAAAGCCAUUGAUAAGGCUGGCACAGGUAUGAGUCAGACUAGUAAAGAAAUAAUAGAACUAAUGCAACAAGCGAGAGCAAGGAGUUUGUCCAUUACGAAAGAUGACCCAAGAUUGCCCCCAGAGUAUAGACGCGAUUAUAAUAAAAAUCUUCAAACACCAAACAAGACGCCAUCAACUCCGCGACGUACUCGUGGAAUAUCCUGUCCUAAAACGAUUCAAAUUAUAAGUGACAUAGAAAUUUUAUCUGGCUUAACACCAGCUAAUAAAGCUAGUAAAAAAUCUGAAAAGCAAAGUAGACAAAGCUCAGGGUACAUUGACGCCAGCCAGUCAGAAUACACCUCGAGUUGCUACUCAACCUCACCUAGUGAAAACGAGUAUGAUUUCGACUUAUCUGAGCGUACUGCUGAACUGACCCGUAAAUUGCACCUACUUAGUCAAGAAGUUGAUAAAAAAGAAAAUCGGGACAACAUAAUUUUAGCUACCGACAAUAACACUCAACACGUAGAGCAUAAAUCUGGCUUGCGAAAGAGGUCAAUUGCCGAAGCUAAAAACGGAGUAAAAAAAGAAAAGAAAGAAGACAAAGAAAAAGAUAAACAAACUAAGACAAAAACUGACGAUGAGAAAAAGAAACCUGUUAGAUCCAAAUGGAAAUUAAUAGCUAAUUGGCGACAGUUUAAAGAAGAACAGAAAUCUGCUUAUAAAAGCAUAAUUAGGUUAAGAAACCAAUGCGUCUGUGAUUUUAUACUCUUGAUCACGUUGUGUGGCUUAGGCGGGAUGAUGUUUAGAACUUUUGAGGGAUCGUUUGAAAAUACGUAUAAAUGCAGCACUAGAAACGUUAAACGUGACUUUAUCGAGAAUCUUUGGCGUGGCAGUCACUAUUUACGUGAAGAGGAUUGGAAGUCUAUGGCCAGAAGCAAGCUUUACGAGUUCGAAAACCAGCUGCAUACAGCCCACGAAGCGGGAGUUACAUCGUUUAGCGGUCAGAGAUCUUGGAAUUUUAUGAAUUCGUUCGUCUAUUGCCUGACUUUAAUUACAACAAUUGGGUAUGGUCACAUAACUCCCAAGACGCUGUCAGGCCGUAUCGCCACUAUCGUCUACGCCAUCGUCGGCAUCCCACUCUUCUUGAUCGUGCUCGCUGACUUUGGCAAGCUGUUUACGCGCAUCAUCAAGUUCCUCUGGUCGUUCAUUAGGAGGUUCUACUAUACGAGAAGCUGUAGGAGGGUGAGGAGGGUCACGCAUGUUGAGGAUAUGGUGAAGGGACUGAAUAUGGUAGCAGAUGUUGUGAGACGACCAUCGCAGAUUUUUAAUACUGAAGAAGAUUUGGAAUCGAAGCCGGAUGGUAAUGGAGAUCCGCCGAAAAUUGAAAGAAAACCUAGCGAUGUUCCGCCACCCCUACCACCUAAACCUGGUCAAGUGCAUACAACUGUAAUAGAAGAUUUAAUUGAACCAGAGACUCCAGCACCUUCAGACUUUAUCAUUGACGAAGAAUUCAAUCUGCCCAUCUCUAUUGCUAUCUUCAUUUUAGUCUUAUACAUCGUUGUUGGAGCAUUAGGAUACGAUAUAUGGGAAAAAUGGGGCUUUUUCGAGUCUUUCUACUUUGUGUUCAUAUCAAUGACGACUAUCGGUCUAGGUGACUACGUUCCAAAACAUCCUUUGUUUAUGAUGAUGUCAAUUCUUUAUCUAGUUUUUGGUUUAGCCUUGAUGUCUAUGUGUAUCAACGUUGUUCAAGUGAAAUUAUCUGAUACAUUCAAAACGGCGAGCAGAAAGAUAGCUGAUACAGUUGGGUUACCUAUUUCAGAGGAAGAUAAUUUAGUUGAAGGUAAUCCAGCACCACCAAUAGAAAUAGCUCCAGUACACAAACGCAAAAGCAUAACCGAUGAAGACAAAAGUAACGAAGGAAAAGAAAAUGAUAAUAAAGAUAAAUUCCUGCAGAUUAAUUGAGAUUGAGUGUUACUAAAUAGUUUUAAUACCGUUGUAAGUGAUAUUGAUAUUGUUACUAAUUGUUUAGGUUUGUAGAUUUUAUACAGUUGAUGCAUGAAUGCAGUUUUGUACUCAUUUUAUAAUAUUGUUGCUACCGUGUGAGGUAUAUUGUUACUGA